GCAGCAGGCAGGAGAGGAGGGGAGGGGUGGCCACCCGCUGCCUGACCGCCCUGGUCAGCCCCGGGGAGGCCUGAACCGGCCAGGCCUGGAUGCAGCCCCCCUGCCCAGGGUUUGGCCUCCUGCCCUGCCGCCCCUGGGGAGGGGCCUCCCACCUGGUGUCAGUUAAACCCCAGCCCCUCCUGCACUACACUGAUCGGUGCCUCUGGCCACUGCAGCUCGAGAAGCCCCAGCUCUGCUCUGUGCCUAAAAGGCCAGCUUGCCCAGCUGGCAUGUGUCACCUCUAGACACCACUGGACACAGCCACCAGACAUUUCUCCUCGCCAGCCCCUCAACCUGUUGCUUGGGGCGACGUCCCACCAUUUCCCCUGACAUCUGCCCCAUCAGCCACCGCUUCCUUAGGGAGACAGGGAGGCAGGCGCAUGAAAUCAUGCCACCGGCAUCCGGACAGCAAUGAGUGGGUGACGCACAGUUGACGUCAAAGGCAGAGAAGACCUGAGCCCAAGAGCAGCUGGCUCUCAGGACUCCCAGCACCACCGCCACAGCUCCGUCCCUGACACAGCCUGGAGCCUGGCUCCUCCUGGGGACAUCAUCUUGGAUUAAUACCUCCUGAGGUCCUUGGACCCCUGGCCACUGGAUGCCAUGGAGAACCACAUGUUCAGCGUCCAGCAAAUCCAACCCAACGUCAUCUCUGUUCGUAUCUUCAAACGCAAAGUGGGAGGCCUGGGGUUCCUGGUGAAGGAGCGGAUUAACAAGCCCCCUGUGAUCAUCUCAGACCUGAUUCGAGGUGGGGCGGCUGAGCAGAGUGGCCUCAUUCAGGCUGGAGACAUCAUCCUCGCCGUCAACGGGCAGCCCCUGGUGGACCUGAGCUAUGACAAUGCCCUGGAGGUGCUCCGGGGCAUCGCCUCUGAGACCCACGUGGUCCUCAUCCUGCGGGGCCCUGAGGGCUUCACUACACACCUGGAGACCACCUUCACCGGGGACGGCACCCCCAAGACCAUCCGGGUGACACAGCCCCUGCCACCACCCUCGGCAGCCGUCGACCUGUCCCAGCAGCCUGCGGCCAACAGAGAGCAACCUCCGGUGGUGGAUGGAGCCAAGGCUCCUGGCAGUGGGCUGCAGCGUGCCCGAAACAGUGGACAGGAGGUCGGCCCGCUAGCCCACACUAACAGCCUGGCUCCUCGCCCCCCCAGCCUGGCCCCCGCCAAGAAGAAUGCAGGGCUCAGCCUGCAGGGUGGUGGGGAGGACAGUGAGCUACUCAAGGAGAUAGAGCCAGUGCUGGACCUUCUCACCCGCGGGGGCAAAGGCAACAACGGAGGAGGGCCUGCCAAGGCAGAGACGAAGGACGCAGAAAUCCAGGUGGACAGAGAUCCAGACAGCAAGGCCCACAAGCCCCUGGCCCUCGGCGUGGAAAACGACCGUGUCUUCAAUGACCUAUGGGGGAAAGGCAACAUGCCUGUGGUUCUCAACAACCCGUAUUCAGAGAAGGAGCAGUCCCCUGCCUCAGGAAGACAGUCACCCCCCAAGAAUGGCAGCCCCUCCAAGUGCCCCCGCUUCCUUAAGGUCAGAAACUGGGAGACGGACGUGGUCCUCACAGACACCCUUCACCUGAAGAGCACACUGGAAACAGGAUGCACUGAGCACAUCUGCAUGGGCUCCAUCAUGCUCCCAUCCCAACAAGUGCGAAAGCCUGAUGAGGUCCGCACAAAGGCACAGCUCUUUCCCUUGGCCAAGGAGUUCAUUGAUCAGUACUACUCGUCAAUUAAAAGAUUUGGCUCCAAAACCCACAUGGAGAGGCUGGAAGAGGUGAACAAAGAGAUUGAAACCACCAACACCUACCAGCUUAAGGACACAGAGCUCAUCUAUGGGGCCAAGCAUGCCUGGCGCAACGCCUCCCGCUGCGUUGGCCGGAUCCAGUGGUCUAAGCUGCAGGUGUUCGAUGCCCGUGACUGCACCACAGCCCACGGGAUGUUCAACUACAUCUGCAACCAUAUCAAGUAUGCCACCAACAAGGGGAACCUCAGGUCUGCCAUCACCAUAUUUCCCCAGAGGAUCGACGGCAAGCAUGACUUCCGGGUCUGGAAUUCCCAGCUCAUCCGCUAUGCUGGCUACAAGCAGCCCGACAGCUCCAUCCUGGGGGACCCAGCCAGUGUGGAGUUCACAGAGAUCUGCAUGCAGCAAGGCUGGAAGCCCCCGAGAGGCCGCUUCGACGUGCUGCCCCUCCUGCUCCAGGCCAACGGCAACGACCCUGAGCUCUUCCAGAUUCCUCCAGAGCUGGUGUUGGAAGUGCCCAUCAGGCACCCCAAAUUUGAGUGGUUUAAGGAGCUGGGCCUGAAAUGGUACGGCCUCCCUGCCGUGUCCAACAUGCUUCUGGAGAUUGGCGGCCUGGAGUUCAGCGCCUGCCCCUUCAGCGGCUGGUACAUGGGCACAGAGAUCGGCGUCCGAGACUAUUGUGACAGCUCACGUUACAACAUUCUGGAGGAAGUGGCCAAGAAGAUGAACUUGGACAUGAGGAAGACAUCCUCCCUGUGGAAGGACCAGGCUCUGGUGGAGAUCAACAUUGCCGUCCUGUACAGCUUCCAGAGUGACAAAGUGACCAUCGUGGACCACCACUCCGCCACCGAGUCCUUCAUUAAGCACAUGGAGAAUGAGUACCGCUGCCGAGGGGGCUGCCCUGCCGACUGGGUGUGGAUCGUGCCCCCCAUGUCUGGCAGCAUCACCCCUGUCUUCCACCAGGAGAUGCUCAACUACCGGCUCACCCCCUCCUUCGAAUACCAGCCUGACCCCUGGAACACCCACGUCUGGAAAGGCACCAAUGGGACCCCCACAAAGCGGCGAGCCAUUGGCUUCAAGAAGCUGGCAGAAGCCGUGAAGUUCUCUGCCAAACUGAUGGGACAGGCAAUGGCCAAGAGGGUCAAGGCGACCAUCCUUUAUGCCACAGAGACGGGCAAGUCGCAGGCCUAUGCCAAAACCUUGUGUGAGAUCUUCAAACAUGCCUUUGACGCCAAGGUGAUGUCCAUGGAAGAAUAUGACAUCGUGCACCUGGAGCAUGAGACUCUGGUCCUGGUAGUGACCAGCACCUUUGGCAAUGGAGACCCCCCUGAGAACGGGGAGAAAUUCGGCUGUGCCCUGAUGGAAAUGAGGCAUCCCAACUCUGUACAUGAAGAGAGGAAGUACCCGGAACCCUUGCGUUUCUUUCCCCGUAAAGGGCCUUCCCUCCCUCAAGGUGACGUAGGAGUCCGUGGUCUGGCUGCGGUCCGUGACAGCCAGCACAGGAGCUACAAGGUCCGAUUCAACAGUGUCUCCUCGUAUUCUGACUCCCACAAAUCAUCCGGCGAAGGGACAGAUGCCAGAGACAACUUCGAGAGCGCUGGUCCCCUGGCAAAUGUGAGGUUCUCAGUGUUUGGCCUUGGCUCACGAGCAUACCCUCACUUCUGUGCCUUCGGACAUGCCGUAGACACCCUCCUGGAAGAGCUGGGAGGAGAGAGGAUCCUGAAGAUGAGGGAAGGCGACGAGCUCUGUGGGCAGGAAGAGGCUUUCAGGACCUGGGCCAAGAAGGUCUUCAAGGCAGCCUGUGAUGUGUUUUGUGUGGGAGAUGACGUCAACAUCGAGAAAGCAAACAACUCCCUCAUCAGCAAUGACCGAAGCUGGAAGAGGAACAAAUUCCGCCUCACCUACAUGGCCGAAGCCCCAGAACUUACACAAGGUCUGUCCAGUGUCCACAGAAAACGGGUCUCAGCUGCUCGACUUCUCAGCCGUCAGAACCUCCAGAGUCCUAAAUCCAGCCGAUCCACCAUCUUCGUGCGUCUCCACACCAAUGGCAACCAGGAGCUGCAGUACCAACCUGGGGACCACCUGGGCGUCUUCCCUGGCAACCACGAGGACCUGGUGACUGCCCUCAUCGAGCGGCUAGAGGACGCACCCCCCAUCAAUCAGCUGGUGAAAGUGGAGCUGCUGGAGGAGCGGAACACGGCUCUGGGAGUUAUCAGUAACUGGACGGACGAGCACCGCCUGCCGCCCUGCACCAUCUUCCAGGCCUUCAAGUACUACCUGGACAUCACCACGCCACCAACACCGCUGCAGCUGCAGCAGUUUGCCUCCCUCGCCACCAGCGAGAAAGAGAAGCAGCGCCUGCUGGUCCUCAGCAAGGGCUUGCAGGAGUACGAGGAAUGGAAGUGGGGCAAGAACCCCACCAUCGUGGAGGUGCUGGAGGAAUUCCCGUCUGUGCAGAUGCCCGCCACCCUGCUGCUGACCCAGCUCUCCCUGCUGCAGCCGCGCUACUACUCCAUUAGCUCCUCCCCUGACAUGUACCCAGACGAGGUGCACCUCACGGUGGCCGUUGUCUCCUACCACACUCGAGAUGGAGAAGGUCCGAUUCACAACGGCGUGUGCUCCUCCUGGCUCAACCGAAUCCAGGCAGAGGAAGUGGUGCCCUGCUUCGUGAGAGGAGCACCCAGCUUCCACCUGCCCCGGAACCCCCAAGUGCCGUGCAUCCUGGUCGGACCGGGCACGGGCAUCGCUCCUUUCCGAAGCUUUUGGCAACAGCGACAGUUUGACAUCCAGCACAAAGGACUGAACCCCUGCCCCAUGGUCCUGGUCUUCGGGUGCCGACAGUCCAAGAUAGACCACAUCUACAGGGAGGAGACCCUGCAGGCCAAGAACAAGGGGGUCUUCCGGGAACUGUACACAGCCUACUCCCGGGAGCCGGACAAACCAAAGAAGUAUGUGCAGGACAUCCUGCAGGAGCAGCUGGCCGAACCUGUGUACCGGGCCCUGAAGGAGCAGGGAGGCCACAUCUAUGUGUGUGGGGACGUCACCAUGGCCGCCGACGUGCUCAAGGCCAUCCAGCGCAUCAUGACCCAGCAGGGGAAGCUCUCGGCCGAGGACGCCGGCGUUUUUAUCAGCCGGCUGAGGGAUGACAAUCGGUACCAUGAGGACAUUUUCGGGGUCACCCUGCGUACAUAUGAAGUGACCAACCGCCUUAGAUCUGAAUCCAUUGCCUUCAUUGAAGAGAGCAAAAAGGACACUGAUGAGGUCUUCAGCUCCUAACUGGACGCUCUGACUCGGACCAUGGCGGGGGGCUGCCUGAGCGGAUACUGCUGAACCUUUCCCGGGACCCUCGCAGCCCCCGCUGCCUCUCACCCUGUCACUGUGCCCUGGUUCCCCUCUUCAGGGUUCUGACCCCCACCCCAGUGGUUUCCCAAGCCCUCUGGCUCUCCUUGAGUUUCCUGCUACAGUGUGAUGCCUUUACAGUCCACAGUGGCUCCCACCUGCCCCCCCCCAAAAAAAAAAAAACCUGCAAAGGCAGAUGAGCGGUGCAUGACACCUCGUCAGCAGGGCUGCCAUCACCCUGGUGAGACCGUUUCCUGAGGUUCCCCUGAAGAGGCUUCAAACAGAACAGCAGAGCUUUCUAAGACGGCCCCUCAGCUGCUGAAAACCUCCUUCUCUCUGUGAUGCUCUUUCGGCCGUGCGUGUGUGCAUGUGCUGUGCCUGGGUCUCUGUCUUUCCUCCCACUGUGCAAGCCUGUUGCCCUCAGACCCUUGGUGCCGAGAGACAUGCUCCACCUGUAUUCACCCCUCCCAAGUCCAGGCUGCAGGGUCUGUGCUUGUUUCCCUGAAGCACUGGGAAGCCCCCUAAAAGUCCUGCCUUGAAAUGGUCAAGGUGUGUGUGCAGGGGUUGCAACUGGAGGAAAUCUUUCAUGAAGGAAAGAAUCACAGGACUAGAAGCAUUCAGAUCCUGGCAGCAAAGGCCAGGUCCCCCAUGGGUUAAGCAGGUCCCCAGCCAGGAUCACUGGAUAUGGGUGUACCCGCCCAGUUUUAAACUGAUAAAAUAAUUUUGACAAAGAGAUUCUCCUUGAUUUAGCUCAGCCCUGAGCAGCAGAGCUCAUUAUAGGAACCAAACCUGGUACAGUUUGUCCAGGGUUGGCAGUUUCUUCCAGCAGGUGACCUGCUGAGUUCACCUUAUCAGAUUCAGUGGACAGGAGUGUCCCUUCCCACAUAAGUGCUGAGAAUCCAUGAGCAGCAAGGACCAGAGAAAACCCCUCCCCAGUAACUGCCCCCCCAGGGUUUGCCUCUAAGCCCCCAGGUGGAAAGAAAGGCCCUCCCUUCGUUCCAUCCUUGUGGUUUUUAUUGCUGAUGCCUU